AGCGAUGAAUCAAGUGCUAUCAAAAUUGUGAAAGAAGUUUUUACAGAUACAUUGUCUCUAAACUUUGCAUUCAUCAACGCCAAUUUUUCAGUGAUAUCAAAAGCCAUCAAACUACUGGAAGCUGUUGGCACUCAGCUAUGUGAGGCCCUGAGUAUUGUGCAACAUGUGCAGAGUGCGUUGGGUCGGGCUCGUGGUCAUGUGUCUGACAAAGUGAAAACCAAAUUUCAAAGUGUUCUCCAACGGAAUGCUGGAUAUUCUACACUGUGCAAAAUUAGUAUUAGUGUUUCAGGGAAUGCCGCAACAUUUGAAGACACUGAAACAAAGCUUAACUCCAGUGACCUGGCUGCCUUCAAAUACGCUCCAGUGACGUCUUGUAAAGUAGAGAGGAGCUUUUCCAGGUACAAAACUAUCCUCAGCGACAACCGUAGAUCUUUGACAAUGGAAAACCUGAAAAUGCACCUUGUGAUCCACUGCAACUUAGCAGAUACUGAAGAUUGA